AUGCCUUCUCGUUCAGAAAUCGCCUACUUUGGCGCCGGCCCUGCUCCUCUACCCACUGCGGUUGUCGAGGCUGGCGCCAAAGCCUUCGUCAACUAUAAUGACAGCGGUCUGGGCCUAGGAGAAAUCUCUCAUCGAUCUCCCGCCGCCAACCAAAUCCUCGCGGAUACCAAAGCGAACCUGACUACCCUACUCGAUAUACCAGAGAACUACGAAAUACUGUUCCUCCAAGGCGGCGGAACCGGCGAGUUCAGCGCAAUUGUUCAAAAUCUGGUCAGCGUCUGGGUUGAGAGAAGAAGACGCAAGCUUGCCACUCAGUUCGGCGACGAUGAGGCCAAGGUUGUUGCUGAAUUGAAAAGGCAGGUCGAUGAAGAGCUGAAAUUAGACUAUAUUGUCACAGGAUCGUGGUCCUCAAAGGCGGCACAGGAGGGAAAGAGGCUGGUCGGGGAGAAAUUUGUCAAUGUUGCUGUUGAUGCUAAAGAAGCGAAUGGAGGGAAAUUUGGAAACAUACCAGUCGAAGAGGAAUGGAAGCUUACCAAGACGAAGGCAGAGGGAGGAAGAAGUGCACCUGCAUUCGUCUACUUCUGUGAUAACGAGACUGUGGACGGGGUUGAAUUCCCAGCUUUCCCAAAAUCGCUGGAGAACCCGCCGGACGUGAGUGAGGAAGACGAACGUCUGGUUGUGGCUGACAUGAGCUCUAACUUCCUCAGCCGGAAGAUAGAUGUCAAGAAAUAUGCUGUCAUAUUUGGAGGAGCUCAGAAAAACGUUGGUGUAACGGGUAUUGCGUUGAUCAUCGUCCGGAAGGACCUUCUACCCCCUCAUACAGCCACGCCUUCGCCGGCUUUGCUCCGUCAGCUUAAUAUCGGUGGCCUGCCGGGACCGAUCGUUUUUGACUAUGCAAUAACCGCCAAAAAUAACUCUCUAUACAACACGCUUCCGAUAUUCACCCUCUGGAUUGCUGGUCAAGUCAUUGCAGGCCUUGUCCAGACUCACGGCAAAGCCCGAGUGAGCGGCCAGGAAGAUAUCGUGAACAAGAAGACAGCUCUCCUAUAUGGUGCACUCGACAGGAACCCUCAGGUGUAUCAGGUCGUUCCAGACAAAAGUGUUCGCAGCAGAAUGAAUGUUUGCUUCCGAGUCCAUGGAGGUGACCCCGAGAAGGAGAAAGAAUUCAUUGCUGGCGCUGAGAAACGCCUCCUUCAAGGGCUAAAGGGCCACAGAAGCGUCGGCGGUAUGCGAGCUAGCAAUUAUAACGCCGUUUCACUUGAAAAUGUGGAAAAGUUGGUUCAAUAUCUGAACGACUUUGCCAGCGCAUAG